AUGUGUGGAGGCCCCGCAUGGAAACGAGAGAUCGUUCAGGAUCAUAAAUUCGACUUCGUCGAUACCCGCGAGUUCACUGACAAUGGAUUUGGGAUGCGCAUGAAAUACCUUUGGCUCUACAUCAUCGUUCUCAAAUCAUUCCUCGUCUAUAUCUCCGAUAUCUUCACUGCCAUCACCAUGUUGACAACCUCGUCAUGGUCCAACCAAAUUUUUAACAACUGCCCUGCUACGGAAGACAACGGAUGUGUUUUUAUUCCAUUCAACGUCGGCAAGUGGUUAUUCGUUGGUUGUAUCAUCUUUUCUUUCCUCUUGCUUGCAUAUGAGGCUCGUAAGGCAAAGAAAAUCAUCGCUAGUCGUGACAUAUCAUACGCGUUCACCAAUGUCAUGGCUAAUCACUAUUAUUCGCUCAGGUCAUAUGAUCACUUCUGUUUCUUCGAUCACAUCUCCCAGUCUACCAAGAAGAAGGAUGACUUUGCGUUCUUUGUCUUCUUUACUUUCAAAAGUUGGAAGAGAUUGCUCCUCGCCGAUGGUCCCCGUCAGGCUAUCAACGCUCUCACUCUCUAUGCCAUUUACCUUGCCAAGAGAGAUGACGGCGCUUGGUACGACGUCGGAAAGUAUUUUGCAGGCAACACCUUGAUCACGACUGCCCUUACCAUCUCCACCCUGUUCACCACCCUUGUAUUUGCCGGCUCCUUGUUACUUCUCAUCAUCGCAGGCAUCUGCUAUAUUCCCCUUCUUUGCUACAUACAGGGGAACUUGAAGGAGUAUGUCUGUCAUAAGGUUGAUAAGCGUAUCGCCGAGAUCAUCAAGCGCCGUAACAAGCAACGCCUGGCGAAAGCUGCAGCCCUUGCUAGGAAAGAGGCUGCAGGAGACUACUCUCAUUUGAAGAACAAGAAGGGUGAAUUAGUCCAUAAGCCACUUCCUCAACCGACACUCCCGAACAUAUCCCUCGAUGACGAUGUGGAUGACCGUUCUUCCAUCCGUACUCGUGGGCCGCCUCCUAGCGUCUAUACUAACGCGACGGGGACCGAUCAAUUCUACGCCUCCGACUACAAGGGUGCCAUCGACUAUCCUCCCAUGCCUGCCUAUAAUCAGCCAUACUCCAACAGUCAAGAUCCCAACGCUUACGCAUAUUACAACGCGUCUGCUCCUAACGUCCACGAGGACUCGCUAUACGAAGAUGAAUACGGUAGCCAGGCCCAUCUUGCAGUAACCGCCGCACCGUAUGCAUAUCAGCAUGACUCGGUGCUUGAGAAUCCACAUAGCGCGGGCCUGGUGCACGAUCCGUACGACGUGUAUUCUGGU